AGCUGCCUGCUGGACCUGGUGAUCCUGCUUCCUUACAAAGGGAAAGAGCCUCCACCUACCUUGGUCUCUUUCCCUCCCCGGUUCCUCACUCCCUCUCUCCCCCUCGGGCUGGCAGGAUUCCUUGGGCAGAGCAUGCAAUCAGUUCGCAGGGAGCAGCCGCAGCCACAGGAAGGAUGCAGAAGCACAAUCAGAAGGAGCACCUCUACAAGCUGCUGGUGAUCGGGGACCUGGGAGUGGGCAAGACCAGCAUCAUCAAACGUUAUGUCCACCAGAACUUCUCCCCUCACUACCGGGCCACCAUCGGGGUGGACUUUGCCUUGAAGGUGCUGAGCUGGGAUGCUGAGACUGUGGUACGGCUGCAGCUCUGGGAUAUUGCAGGUCAGGAAAGGUUUGGAAACAUGACCAGGGUAUAUUACAGAGAAGCCAUGGGGGCAUUUAUUGUCUUUGAUGUUACAAGACCUGCAACGUUUGAGGCAGUGACAAAAUGGAAAGAGGAUUUGGACUCUAAGUUGGUUCUUCCAAAUGGCAAGCCUGUGCCGACAGUCCUCUUAGCAAACAAAUGUGACCAGGGAAUAGAUGUUCUUAUGAACAACGGCAUCAAGAUGGAUCAGUUCUGCAAAGAUAAUGGGUUUGUGGGCUGGUUUGAAACAUCAGCCAAGGAAAAUAUAAACAUCAAUGAAGCUUCCAGAUGCUUGGUGAAACACAUAAUUGCUAGUGAGAGUGAUCCAGUUCAGUCUAUUGAACCAGAUAUUAUAAAACCACACUUGAAUUCCUCCAAGAUUGUCAGUUGUUCAGCUUGCUUCAAAUCCUAAGAGACUUCCAGGCUAUCAAAAGAGCUGAAAAACUACAAUUCACAAUUUCUACUUUGUCCAACGUACCCAGCCUGCCCACAUUGUCCAUCAGCAGAUUGCCAUUUUCUCAAGAAUAUCCUUAAAUUUUUCCACAAUUUUUUUGACAGCCAAGAUUUAUUAUGUUCAUUGAUAGCAACUGUUCAAAACUGUCCUUGGCUAUUGGUCAAAUGAGACUCGUGGUGAUGGUGUGUUUUCCUGGUGGGAUAACACCACCAGUGAUAUCAAAACCUAUUACUUUGCAAUGUAGUUUCUGAAAGCUUUGUGAUGUGACUACAGCGAUACCCUACUUGUCCAUUGGUCCUCCAACUUGCCUACUCAAUACACUGACAAGGCAACAUCAUUGCACUGUUUUGUCACACAUCAAACUUCAAUGAUCUUGUUUCAUAUGAGGAAGAUGACGAUAAUGAAAAUAUAGCUGUUCAGAAAGAGAUAACAAGAAGGUAACAAAAUUGAACAUGAAGCAACCUUCCAUGUCAUUCAGUUCUCCAGAAGAUCUCAGCUCCUGAGAUUGAUGCAGUAUUUGCUCCCUCUUUCUGAAGAGUUAAAUUCUCAUAGUGUUAGCGUUGUUUUCAGAUGAAGCAAAAUGGAACAAGUCAAGGGUGAGGGGUGACAAGAAAAGGAAUCAGGGGUACAGCCUCAAAGAUGAAGCAGCUAAGAAUCUUCAGAAAGGUUAUCUAUUCUAUAAAGCCAGUAAUUCCUCUGAAAAGUACUCAUUCGUUUUGUUCUUACCUCUCCAUCCUUAAUGCCACAGAUGUCCCAGUGUGUUUGAACUAUGCAUAUACUGUAAGCCCCUGCAUGCAUCCCUCCAUCAUGGUGAUUCUCAUGGAAAAAUCCACUAUGCACACUAUAAUGUAACAGCUGAACUUUUCAGGAAUGCAUCUGUGUUUAAUAGCAGGGUAUCUGCUUUCUGAGAACAUUUCUUCUAAAACACUCAAUUGUAUGAAUGAUCGCAGGAAGUAAAAUGAAAUGGCCCUAAUAACCACUCCUGGAAUAUGUGCAGAAUUUGUUGAGCUGCUCUGUGGAAAUGAAGUGGUUGAUAUUCAGAAUCCCACAAAAUUUCAAUCAUUUAAACAAAUGUGUCUAGACAAGAAGUCUUGAUAUCUGGCUCAAGCCCCUGCAAGACAAACUUUGCCCGUCUCCUGCUGUAGACAAAUAACUUGCAUUUUCUAUUCCCACUCAUCCUUUUACUUCCUAAGCUAUGGACUCUCAGUGCCAGGAGCUGUCUUCUGAGAUGGCUUCUUUCCUUAAAGAUGUUAACGCCAUGGAGAGGAGGAGGCAGAAUCUUGUGACAUCCUGUGUUUGUGGACGUCAGUGCAAUACUUAACUGAACACUUAGUUGGCAAUGGAGUGAAACACUCAAAGGCUAGUGAAUAGGUGUUGAUUUAGAAAUCCUCAAGCUGACCUUAUCCUGUGAGACUUAUGGGUUUCUUCUGCCUCUGAAAUUCAUCCUAUUACUUGUCAGUGUUAGGUUUGUGGUAGGACUUGAUGACCUUUAAGGUCUUUUCCAGCCUAAAUUAUUUGAUGAUACUAUCACUGAAUGAGCUAUUACUACAUCAUAGGCACUGCAGAGGACAGCAGGGGACACAGACAUCAUGUGCUCUUCCUAAAGCCUUAAACUGGUUAUUUUUUGUCAUGGAAUUUUAGAGUAAGAAAGCAAGGUCUGUGGUUUUAAAAAUAAAAAUCCACAUCCGGAAUCAAUCUGUGCACACACAUAGAUGUAAGGGUCCAUAUAUAUCAUGAGCUGGCUUUUUUCGAGGAGAGUAAUUUUCAAGUUGUUUUGAUCGCAGUGUUACCCCUUAACACUUGUGUUAAACAUCCUUUAACUCCUGCUGUGAACUGGGUCAAAUAACUUAACCUUUCUGCCUCAGUUUCCUCAUCUGGAAAAUAGGGAUUGAUGUACACACCUACCUCACAGCACUCCUUGAAAGUUACUGUUGGCACCACGCUUUGAAGAUAUAUGUUAUACAAAUGCCAAGCUCUGUUACUGCUCAGAAUGAAAUAUGAGUGCCCUCUAGCAUAAAUACAUGGUGCUGUAAUGACUUAAUGUUCUAAAUCUAUCCAGGGCUUGUCUGUGCUGCAACAAUUAGCUUCAAUUAUUCCACUUCAGUUAACCUAGCCAAGGUUGUAAAGCAACGUGUGACUGCAUGGGAUGAUUAGAUUAGCUGCAGACGGCUGGAAACGGAAACUGGCUGUGCAGAUGUCAUGCUACUAGUUUAAUAAUCUCAGCAGCAAAGCUGCAAUACACAACUAGUGCCAGACCAGGUAGUUCAAGUUUAAAGCAUUAUUUAAGCCAAGUCAUAUGGAUGCCUUAUUAAGGAUAACACUCGAUUCAUAUCUUGAGCCAACACUGUUGGGAACAUGGCACCUAGGUAUUCAGAUGGCUUCUAAAGGGCUGAGUUUUCAUGAGCUGAACCCCAUGCUUUUCUUAUAAAUUGAUGCCUCAGGUGAAGCAGAGGAAGUUGUCAUUUCUCCCAAAAAUUAUUUUGUGCUCAACUUGCAAACUGCUCAAACAUAGCAGCUGCUAAUGUGUUUCAGUUACCUUCGGAUCACUUGUCUUUGGUGGCUUCUAGCCAAUAUUCAUUAAGCCUAAUGGUAGCUUCCUCAAAUGUUUGAGAGCUAUGGCUAAAGGUCUGGUAUAGCAGUAACUAAAGAAACUCACACAAAUAAAACACUUCAAGGACACACAGACCUUUAUGUUUAUGUGUGUUGUAUAAACCUGCUUUAAACUAUGGACUAAUCACCUGUUUCCCUUCUUUUCUGUGUUAAGUUUUACUGCAGUCACAAUUCUUGGGCAGAUUUUCCCGUCUCUGGUAGAUGGUGGAUAGAAUUUGGCCAAUUUCUAGAAUAAGGACUAAACAAGGUAUAUAUUCUAAACUCACACAUAUUUACACCAUGAGAAUUAGAACAAUAUCAUGAAGAAUCAGGCUUCCUUAGGAAGGCACAUAAUUCUAAAUGUUCAUUUCUAUUUGCACUGAAGAGAUAGGAAUCUGUCAAGUCUCUUUCUGUAAUGCAAUAAAUGUGUGAAUGCCACCUGGGUAUCUAGCAAACACAGCCCUUUCAGAAGUGGUUGUCGUAGGCAGGUCAGAAUAAAAGCUUUAAUUUAGAAUUAAUGAGCUCAGUUUGUGGCAAUACCCUUUCAGGAACAAAUGUAAAAUUUAGUUAUACUGUGUCAGUCUCUAACAGGUUUUGUUUAUGUAUUGAUACAUUCUGUGCUAUGUUCUCUUUGCUGGUCAUUAGGGACCAGGCAUCUUAAUUGCAUGGCCAUCUAAAAAUGAAACAUUUUCCCCUUCUGUUUGCAAUAAUUAAUAAAAGACAUGAGUCUAUGACCCUCUAAGUGAGCAAAGAUGGAUUUAAAAUUCAUUUUCAUUCUAGUCCUCCAUAAGCGCCCCUCUGGGUGUCCCAGCACCUAGAACCACAGGUGAGGUGCAGGGCAUGAGGGAUGAGCCCAAAUGACUCAUGAAAAAUGGUGAUUGAGCAUCUCCACCCCACGGCUUCAUUUACCAGCUCAGCCACAACACCAGGAAUAACAGGAUGACGUUUUCCAUCUUCAAAGCUCCAUACAAACAAAAUCUCAUAACUAUAAAUACCUUGGGAAGCAUAUACAUAUUAUUGAGAAGAAAAUGGAUGGAGUGAAAAGUAAAUAUUGCUUUUUUAUUCCAGAAGGAUCAUAAUUUAUUCGACCAAGUUGAGCUGUCAAGGGAAAGCCAUUUGGACCCUGAAAAUCUGGCUUUCUUCUUCUUAUGCAUUGGCUUUUUAGAUCAUAUAUUUUCAUUGAACUUUUCUAUUCAGGAAUAGUCAUUCCCAGCAGUACCUUGUGUACGCAGCUUGAAUUGUACAUCAGUAUUUUACCUUCAGACUUUUUUCUGUAGCUUCCAUUUUAACCUGCCUGACCAUAUAAAAGGGGAGGGAGGGAAGGAGAAGGUACGCGUUUAAAUAGCAGUUUUGUUUUACAUCUUAAAACACUCGGUCUAGGUGAAUGAAGUGAAAUUGUUAAAUAUAUGUGGAAAUGCAAUUGUAUGUCAAUUGCCAGGAAACAAUCAAUGAAAAUAUAUUUUACCGCACCAAUAUUUAUGCAUGUGACCGCAGGCUCUAUUGUAAUAAAAGAUGACAUUUCUGACAAGA